UUUCUAACACUUAGGUUUUUUACUCACGUCACUUAAUUUUCCACGCACUAAAAUAUCCUCUUCAAUAUCCUUUGGGAGAAGAAUCGUCCUGAGAGCACUAACUCUAACUCCUAGAUCGAUCCAUUGAGGAUGCCCGGCUGCCUUACGUACUACAUCUCCUUGACAAGUCUUUUUCUUGAGCUAUUGCGCUUAUUUCAGGCAAUAUGAAAGCUUGUUAGGGUUCCACAGCUAUGUGAUCUGUUCAAUAGCCGGCUGCAUAAGGGGGUGUGCCUUGAGGAUGAAGGGAUCUGGAGUAUGUUGAAAUUCUAAUAGAGUUUGAGUCUUUUCUGCAAGAUUUUGGAGGGUGCUUGCCGCUAGCUGCUAAGCUUCGGGUUCGGAGAGUGGACCCAUCGUGUCGCCGCACAGCGUCCGUGCCUUGAAGACCUGAAUAUUCGGAUUUUCGCGAUCACCAUUCACCAACCAGGCGAACACCGCUUCCGCGCCUCACUCAGACACUCAACCAGAGCCAGUGCAGGGAGUUACAACAGACGGCAGUAAACUUGCAUUAAUACAGACAUAUCCUGAUUUCAUUUUAUGAUUUUUGAAUAUUAUUUGUAAAAGAUUAUGUCUUUGCGUAGGCCACCCCUUCCACGGCUUCUCCUUAACAAUGUAGGUUGCAUGAGAAAUGCACAACAAAUUCUUCGUCAUGUUAAUGUUACGCUCCAUGAUGGUGGAGCUCUUGUAUUGACGGGCACAAAUGGUUCUGGAAAAACCACCUUUCUGCGCAUGUUAGCCGGUUUCGCAAAACCAUCUGCCGGUGAGAUACUAUGGAAAGGUCAUGACAUCACCAGUUCGGGUGUCUUUGAGCAAUACAAACUUCAGCUCAACUGGCUUUCCCUUAAGGAUGCUGUGAAGGAGAAGUUCACGGUCCUAGACAAUGUUCAGUGGUUUGAAGUGCUUGAAGGGAAGCAGGGAAAGUCUUUGCCGGCUUUAGAGACUGUGGGGUUGGGGAGAUUGGCAAAUGAGAAGUCAAGAAUGCUCUCCAUGGGUCAAAGGAAAAGGUUACAACUUGCUAGGUUGUUGGCAAUCGAUAGGCCAAUUUGGUUGCCUGAUGAGCCUUCGGUGGCGUUGGAUGAUGAUGGUGUGAAGAUACUGGAGUCCAUCAUAGCCGAUCACAGAAAGAAGGGCGGGAUUGUCAUUGUAGCCACACAUCUACCCAUUAAGAUUGAGGACGCUAUGCAUUUGAGGUUGCCUCCCAGGUUCCCGCGAAGAAUGACGUUGGUUGACAUGCUCGAUCGUGGUGGAUUGGACUGAUUCUACUCUUGUAGCUGUGGGAGCUGUUAUGGAAAGGAAGCUAUGCAACUUAUGUUUGAGAGUUGAGACACCAGACUUACUAUAUUCCACACUGAAGGCUACGAAAACCUUGGUUUUUUCCAUUAUUUUAUCUUAUUGCACAGAUGUAUAAGGUGGUAAGAAAAUUGCUUCCAUGAAGUCCGUGAUGACUUAAGGGGUAGUGAUUAGGUAUUUUGUGGGUGAGUUCGUGUAUGGGGAGGAAAAAAUAUUUUUUGUUCGAAAGUAUUCUAAUAAAUUAUCAUAAAUUUUGUACUUUUAUCAUCACUCCGAACUCGUGCAUAUGAUAGUAUUUGUGAACUAUUCACUGGUUAACUAA